AUGGAAGUCAAGAGAAGGGAAGGGAAAGGAAGGGGAGGAACCCUUAUGGCUGCAGCAGCAGCAGCAGCGGCAGCAGCAGGCGGAGGAGGAGGAGGAGCAGCAGUAGCAGGGGGAGGCAGCGCAGUAGCACUGCUGCAGCCAGCAACAGGAACAGCAGCAGGCUCCCAAAUCAAAAUCUUGGAACAAACAAAAACCAGAGGUUUUGGAAUUUCGCUGCUCUUUGGAGCGAUGGCCAUAAUGUUGGAAAAAACCAUAUUGCCACCGGCCCUCCUUGUACCCACAAAACGGACAUUGUAUGCCCCUCAGCCCCAGCCCCAACCCCCAACCCCAACACCGCUGUGCCACCCAAGUGCGGCCAAGCGCCGAAGGGGGGGGGGGGGGGGGGGGGCAAGCGUCGCUCGCUCGCUCGCGUGCUUGCUUCUUCUUCUUCUUCGCCUAGUGCCGAGCCUGGGCGCAUCUUUACCUUCUGGGAGGCCCGAGCCUGAUGGAAAGACCGGAGCCACGAGGCUGGGCGGGUCAGAGCCAAGCCGACGUGGAGACGUACAGGUCGACCGUCCGCGGCGCCCGCCCGUAAGCGGCGCAGGCACGGAGCGGCGCCGGGGCGGGCGCGAGCCUGCGGCGGCCCGGUGCCGAGGCGGGGAGCCGGUGACAGCAAGAGACAAAGCCCAUCAAGGCCCCGAGCGCGGGCCCCGUACUCGCCCGGCCCGCGAUCGCUCGGGACAAGGCCCCAUCAUUUCGGCCACAGCCGAAGCAACGUGCCCGACGAUUGGCAGAGACAAGGGCGAGGCCCAUCAUUUGCCGAGGCCGAACCUGGCAGGCAGGGGUCAGACAGUGGCAUCAUCGCAUGCCAUGCGUGGAGACAAGAAUGCGGCAGCCAUCGGUCCGGGACCAGCGGACAAGGAGGGCACGUGGUUAAACCGGGUAACAGACAGGCAGGCGGGUAAACGGGUCAUAAAGACGGGCAAUAAUCGAGAGAGGCCGAGCAGCCAGCCAGGCAGUGAGAGAGUGUGA